ACUCGCGUUAUCCAUCACGACACGCUUGCGGCCUGCCAUAUUGCUACAUCCCAUAAACAGGCUGAAUCAUCUCAUAGACAUGGAUAAUAUUCCUGCGCCUAUCCUUCCUCUCGAGCUACAAUAUGUCAUACUUGAGGAAAUAGCAGACAAUCGUGCAUCACUAGCGGCGUGUGGUCUUGUAUGCCGCGCAUGGCGCUAUCAAACUCGUGCCCAUCUCUUCCGUACCGUUAUCUUCGUCCUUUUCUCUUCCUACGCCCGCUUUCUUGCUAUCUGCGAAGCAUCCCCUGAAGUUGCGCAUCACGUACGCGUUGCAAGAUUCAGAGGGAACCUUGUCGGGAUCUCGUUCAUCAUACGUCUUCUGACAAAGACGCCGAACGUUACAAGCCUGUCGCUUGAGAACUUGGAUGCGAAAGGGCUUCAUCACGCUCGAUUCUGCUCUUUCUCGUUUCCUCGUAUACAAAGAUUGACUAUGAAGACCGUCACCUUAACUGAAGAGCAAUUCGUGACAAUUCUUUGCAGAUGUCAGGAGCUUAAGGAGCUCCGCCUGCGGGACCUCGACUUGCUUCCAAGCACUCAAUCAUCGUCUACCCACCCACCGGUUCGCACUGCUCUCGAAGGCUAUCCGUCCUCAAAUGCUCCAGUCAUGCUCAAAUGCAUGUAUUUUCAUUCAAGCCGAAAUCACGCAAGCAUCUUUCAUGCCCUCGAACGAGUUCCCGUUCAACUGCAUUUGCAGGAAUUGCAUAUCGUAUGGACCCAUUGGUCAACUGUUGAUGCACAACGUAUCUUGCGCGGCGCAGGAGCGAAUCUGCAAUCGCUGAAUAUCACGCCUGCUCUAGCAUGGCAUAAUCGCGCAGAGUUCCACUCAUUCGAUCUGGCCCAAAACCUUAACAUAACCGAGCUACAUUUGAAGGACUUUUCGUUGUCCGUAAAGGCUGAACACUCUCAAUUCAUGCGAGGGGGGCUGAGAUGGAUACCGGCAAUAUUGAUGGAUGUCCGUCCACACCACAAGUGCUUGCGGAGAGUGCAGUUCAGCAUCCGUAUCCGUCUUUCCGACCUUGUGAGCCAGGCGGAAUCGAGCUUUCUUAUAGGGCUUUGGACGGCUCUGGAUCCGGCAUUGGCUCCAAUCACGAGCCAUCACCCAGGAUUACUCGUCAUCUUCAAUCUGUGCUCUGAGACCAAGCACGACAGAUGGAUGCAGCCGGCAAUCAGCAUGCUGAAGCACCAUCUGCUGAGAUCUAGAAAGGGGUCCUCCAAGAUUGUUGUGCGCUGCUAUCAAGGCCGGAAUCCACACUCUCAGAACCUACUCGGCGACACGCCAUAUCAAGAAUUUCUAAUGCAUCAGUAGACGUUCCAUUCGAUAGUGUGUUCCUGGAUUCUAAUCGGCUGCGGAAGAAAGCGCUGAAAUUAUGGGAUUGACCCAAGACAUCGUCAACCAGUCCCUGUGACCUCGACGAUCACGACCUACAUCAGUCCAGUACAUGUCAUGGAUAUAGCUCUAUAUGCUGAAGUCUACCCAUAUCAUAUGCUCGCUCGA